GAGCAAAAGGUCGUUUAGUUGUUGUUGAGAUUCCGUUUGAUUCGGUUGAGCCGCGCGCGUGUUUACGUUUACUUUUGACAUUUUUCCAGCGGGAAAAACAAAUUGCAGUGUAUCAAAUACGCAUUAGGUAUAUUUACAGUCAAUUACCAUCUAUUUAAAAUAACUUGUGAGCAUUUGCGACAGCAUCAAGCAGUGCGCAACUAGUUUUCCCGUACAACAAGUAUCUUUGGCGCAGGUGUAACGCGUUUCCACAGCGUGUUUCUUUUUUUCUUUCUCAAGAGAGGUAGCAAAGCAAUAACAAGUUCAAACAUAUCCAUAAUAUCGCUUCGUACCUACACUGCUGCUGUGCAUUUGUGUGUGUGUGAGUGUUUAAUACUGUGUCAGUGUGUGUGUGUGUGUCGCGCAAUUUGGAAAACGCGUUUGCGGUUUUUAACGCUUCGAAAUGGAAAGUGUCUGCUCCUUGCGUUUUUUUGUUGUGAUCGCUGUGAAUCGCUGUGAACGGUGUUAAAGCUGUGCUGUGAUUGCUGUGAUCGAUCUCCACAAACAAAAGAGUUUAAGGCAUCGCUUGCACAGUAAAAAAAAUGUGAUGAUGUCAAUUAUGCGCUUGAUGAAGAUUCAAUGACAAAGCGAACACGAGAUAAUAAUUAGCGGGCAGCUAGACAAAGCAUUUCUCAAAUGACAUACAGAUAUGUACAUAUAUAUGAAUAAAACAAUAAUGAAACGACUUUAAAAAGCGCUUAGCUUGCAAUUGUUAUUGCGGAUUAAGCUUAGAGCAAGCUAGCUGGCAAACGAAACAAGUUUUAUUUUCGACAAUACGAUGCCAAUUAUAACAGCAACAACAACAACAACGCCGAGCAGCGUUGCAGCAGCAGCAGCAGCAGCGGCGACUAAAAGCGGCACAAAGUCAGCAGCGGCAGCAAGCACAACGUUGGCAGCGCCAGCCUCAAGUGAUUAUCUAUUGCUGCAGCAGCAGCAACAGCAACAACAGUUGCAGUUCAACAGUCAUUAUUAUCAACAACAGCAACAGUUGGCGCCUGUGCUAAAUGCUUCCCACCAGCAACAUUCACAUCCUGUUGCCAGCUCGGCGGCAGCAGCGACAGCAACAACAACAACAGCUGCUGCUGCUGCAGCUUCGACCAGUUUUGCAACAUUUAACGGAAACUCAAAUCUAAAUUCUAACCUUGCCAACGGAAGUAGCCGCAACAAGAAAUUCAAUUGCAACGACGUCAGCAGUGCUGUAGAUCUGGCCGGCGAUGUGGAUGGCAACGGUUAUGCAAUGGUUGUCAAGCCACUGGCAGCACCGCCUAUCGGCCUGCCACCGCCCGCCAUUAAGAAGUCAACGUCGACGUCGGCUUCGUUGCAUGCGUCGCGCGAAGAUGUCGCCUCGUUGGGUGGCACCUCCUCCGUCAACAGUCAAGUCUCUGGCAAUCAUCAUCAGUUCAUUGGCAACGGCAACUCAACAACGGGACGCACUGCAGCCCAUCAUCCCAGCAGCAUUCUAAAAGGCAGCAAAGAGAAUCUCUUGCAAAAUACCUAUUACAAUGGUGAGGGUGGCGACAGCAGCAUGGGCAGCGAAUGUGGUGGCACCGAUAUCAAUCAGACUAAUCACGAUGAUCCUGGCGAUGGACUAGGACCCUUGCCUCCAAAAUGGGAGACUGCCUACACGGAACGGGGCGAGCUGUACUUUAUUGACCACAAUACGGGCACCUCACACUGGCUGGAUCCGCGUCUGUCCAAGUAUCAAAAGAAAUCACUGGAGGAUUGCUGCGAGGAUGAGCUGCCCUACGGCUGGGAGAAGAUUGAGGACUCCAUGUAUGGCAUGUACUUCAUAGAUCACGUCAAUCGUCGCACCCAAUACGAGAAUCCCGUGCUGGAGGCGAAACGUCGCGCGGCUGAGCAACGUCAGCAGCAGCAGGAACAGCUGCAACUACAGCAGCAGCAGCAGCAGCAACAACAACAACAACAACAACAGCAGCAACAGCAGGCGCAGCAGCGCUCCAAGACGCCCACAGCGGCUCUAGAAGCGGGGAACAUUCCAUCUGCUCCUAUUCCACUUCCUCCCCAACCAGCCAAGCUACCCUACAAGUUCACCCGCAAUCCGGCUGAGCUGCAGGGUCAGCGCAUCAAUACCACACUAUUGAAAUCCACACGUGGAUUGGGUUUUACGAUUGUUGGCAGUGAUGGCAGUACCGGCAGCGAUGUGGAGGAGUUUCUGCAGAUCAAGACCGUUGUGCCCAAUGGUCCCGCCUGGCUAGAUGGCCAGCUGCAGACGGGCGAUGUGCUGGUCUAUGUGAAUGACACUUGCGUGUUGGGUUACACCCACCACGAUAUGGUCAACAUCUUUCAGUCCAUCUUGCCAGGUGAGACGGCAGCGUUGGAGGUGUGUCGCGGCUAUCCGCUGCCCUUCGAUCCCAAUGAUCCCAACACCGAAGUGGUCACGACCAUGGCCGUCGAUGGGCUGCCUUGUGAGCCGGAGAAGCAGCGUCGCUUGAACGUUGACCUCAACAUGGAUGGCAAUUAUAAUUUCCUUGACCUAUCUGGAGGUGAGGCCGUCAGCAAAGCAGCUGGAAGUGGCUUCAUUCUCAUGAAGAAGCCGGAACUCUACACCUUCUCCGUUAUGAAGGGCGCCAUGGGAUUUGGUUUCACCAUUGCGGAUUCUGCCUGCGGUCAGAUUGUGAAAAAGAUUCUCGAUCGCAACUGCUGCACCCAGCUGGUCGAGGGCGAUGUGCUGCUCGAGAUCAAUGGGAUUAAUGUGCGCAACAAGCCCCAUUUCUAUGUUGUGGAACUGCUCAAGGAGUGCAGUCAGACAACACCCACUGCCCUCAAAAUACAACGCACUCCGCCGGAGCAGACAACGUCCGGCCAAGGUGUGGGUGUGGGCAAUGUGGCUAAUCUGCGCAAGAAUUUCGUGGGCGGCACUGGAGCUGGUUUGUUUCGCAGCAAGACACCAACUGCUGAUUUGUACAGCACGCAGCCCAAGGAGGUGCUGCCCAUGCGACCCAAGACGCCGCUGGUGGACACGAGACGUGCUCGCGUCCUAACGCCCAGCAACGAGCUGAUGCAGCAGCUGACGCAGGAUGUGGUGGAUGUGACGGGCGGUGCUGAUAGCAAACCACUGCACCUGCAGGCAGGGCAGGGCAAGUCAAACAAUAGUCUACAAGAGCUGGACGACAUACCCUUUAUGGAUCCCUAUCCCAAGAUGGUAACCAGACUAAGCGAACGCCUCGCCGAGGCGACGCUUCAGGGUGGCGUCGAUGUCGAUGCUGGCGAUGGUGGCGGUGGUAACUAUAAUCCCAUUUAUGGCUUGCCGCCGAGCAUGCAGCCACUGCCGCUGCCACUGGCUCAUCACGAGUCCUGCUACUGCUACGAUUGUCAGGCGCAACGCUAUCAGCGACCCCAGCCCACCUCCCAGCUGGGUUACUACGUACAGCAGGCGCCCAACGCAGCAGUAGCCCAAUAUUCUCCAUUGCAGGCCGCGCACAUUCAAAACGAACGGAUGCAGCGUCGAGUCAAUGAGCUGCUCAGCGAUCGACGGCGCGUUGGAUUUGCCAACUUGGAUCCACCGGGACAGCAGCACCAGCAGCAGCACCAGCACCAGCAGUUGCAGCUCCAGCAUUCGCCAAACUGGCGCAAUGGCGCCCUACUGGAUGUCUCGGAGGAUGCGGAUCAGUGUGAGCUGACAGAGGUGACGCUGGAGCGUCAAGCAAUGGGUUUCGGUUUUCGCAUUGUCGGCGGCACAGAAGAGGGCUCGCAGGUGACAGUUGGACACAUUGUGCCGGGCGGUGCAGCGGACAACGAUCAUCGCAUUGCCACCGGCGACGAGAUACUCAGCAUCGAUGGCAUCAAUGUGCUUAAUUCCUCGCACCACAAAGUCGUUUCGCUGGUGGGCGAAUCAGCUGUGCGUGGUCAGGUUACCAUGAUACUGAGGCGACGACGGGCGACGCUGCUUCAGCAGACGCCUCUGGUGCAACUGCGUCGCUAUCCUUACGAUGUGAUUGUCAGUCGGCAUGAGAACGAGGGCUUUGGCUUUGUCAUCAUCUCCUCGUCGAAUCAUUACUACGGAUCCACAAUAGGCAAACUAAUACCGGGCAGUCCAGCGGAUCGUUGUGGGGAGUUGAAAGUCGGCGAUCGCAUUAUUGCCGUUAAUCGCAUCGAUAUUGCGGGCAUGUCACAUGGUGACGUUGUUAAUCUCAUCAAGGAGUCGGGACUGCAUGUGCGCCUCACCAUCGGUUGCCCCUUGAAGGAGGGCGGUCCCAGUCCAGGUGGCAGCAGUGCCGGUCUCGGCUCCAACACUCCCCUUCAGGCAUCGCCCAGUCUAUUGAAAGCUCCGCCACAACCACAACAACAACAACAAUUACAACUCCAACAGCAGCAUCAGCAGCACCAGCAGUUGGAAAUGCCCGGUUUAGGUCCAAUGCCCGGUAGCUAUCUGGAGCGACCAAGCACAAAUAUCGCAGCUACGCUCGCUCUGCACCAGCAGCAGCCACAGUUAUGACUCUGAGAUCUACGUAUCCGGCUCUAUAAGAGCUUCCUCUAGCUACUAGUUUUAAUUAUAGCUGCUAUGUAAACCCCAAAGACUGAAUUUAGUAAGCAAAUGCAAACAUUUCAAUUUGCGAAUCUCCGAGCGCUUCGCGAAGCUACACAAAUAUUGUUGUCAUACACAUCUGCUUUUUAAUAGCCCCCCUUUGCCUGUUAGAUGAUAUAUGUAUCUAACUAUAAGUACUAAUUGAAAAAUCUGAGCUUAUCUCUGUAUAUGUGAAACAAAUGAAUCUGAUUGUGAAAUAUGGCAUUAUUUUAACAGCUUUAGCAUUAGACGAUUAUUUUAUAAGAUUUAGAUAAGUUUUAUCUAUAAAUCAUAAAUUUUAUUAGGUUUGAUAUACAUAAUUGUACAAAUGUAAAAGAACUUAAAUGUUUUAUAUUCAUACUUUAAUAUGUUGUUCAAUAAAUGAUAUUACAACUAGUUUUUAAUCC